AUGAAGUCACCCCUUUCUUUCGCUCUUCUUGCCACAGCGGCCACCUUUGCAAUCACUGAUGCCUCCGAAUACUUCACUGGAGAUGGUACCACCUACACGCUCAGUGACACCAGCUCUGGAAACUGCAACAUGAUGUCGGCACUCAACUUUGCCACCACCGACUACGCCGCUCUAAACAACGAGCAGUGGAGCGGUCUCCAGAACUGUGGUCGUUGCGUUGAGGUCUCGUGUGCUGACGCACGCUGCGCUGACCAGACCAAGUCCGUCGUGGUGCAGAUUCUCGACCGCUGUCCCGAGUGCAAGCACGGUGAUCUCGAUUUAUCACCGUCGGUCUUCAAGACGCUCACGGGGUCCCACCCGUCCCGCUACACGAUCAAGUGGAAGUUUGUUGACUGCCCGGUGGCAGGCAACGUCAACUACUGUCUGAAGGGAGGCAGCAACAACUACUGGACGGCCAUUCAGCCCACCAACUGCGCUACUGGUGUCCAGAGUCUGACGAUUAACGGCCAAGAAACGAAGAUGCUGGAUGGUGCUUACUACUAUCUGCUUGAUGGCGCAGGCACGUCCCAGACAGAUCUGUCGAGCGUAUCAGUGUCGCUGACGGACGUCAACGGUGUGUCUAUCACGGACAAGGUGUCUCUGAGCGCGGGUUCGUGCACGAAGGGGUCGUACCAGUUCCCCCGACCACGGCCACUCCUACAAUGGCCCCCACGAAGGUGCCGACGAAGGCCCCGACUGUGA